CUCGGACUGGCAUACAGUUUCACAGUCAACUCUGAUUCAUCACAACUCAACUUCUUCCCUCUAGCUAGCCACACCGAUAGCAUACAGUAUCAACAGUCCCUUGAACAUGGCGGAGAGUGGACAACUUGAAACCGAGCAGGACACGGAGAAGAUUGAGGAGAUAAGAUUUAGGUUCAAGAAUGAGUACAUCCAAGAAACUUCAGAUAAGUAUGAUUCCAGAGAUGUGGACAGAUUACAAAAGGAUGAUGCUCUAGUGGAAGGAUACCUGACAUGGAGACAGUUUUCCAUCGAUGACGCCUUGAAAAUGAUUGAUGAAAGCUUUCAGUGGAGAAAGGAAUAUGGUGUGAAUGAUAUCUGUGAGAAUACUAUUCCAAAGUGGAUGUUUGAGACUGGUGCCGUCUUUCUCCAUGGUUACGACAAGGAGGGCAACAAGCUAUUCUGGUUCAAAGUCAAGUUGCAUACCAAGGAUGCAAAGACGAUCAUGGACAAGAAGAAGUACGUGGCUUUCUGGCUGGAGCGUUACGCCAAGAGAGAACCAGGGAUGCCCCUCACCGUUGUGUUUGACAUGUCGGAGUCUGGUCUCAGCAACAUUGACAUGGAUUUUGUAAAGUACAUCAUUAAUUGCUUCAAAGUGUAUUACCCAAAGUUCCUAUCCAAAAUGAUCAUAGUGGAUAUGCCUUGGAUCAUGAGUGCUGCAUGGAAGAUUGUGAAGACAUGGCUUGGUCCAGAAGCCAUUAGCAAGCUCAAGUUUGCAUCCAAAAGUGAUGUGCAGAACUUUAUCGGGCCGGAGUAUUUGCCAUCCCACAUGGGAGGAACGGACUCCUUCAAGUACAGCUAUCCCCCUCUUCCUGACGACGACUUCCAGACACCCAUUUGUGAGAAUGGACCAAUCGUUAGUGAGGACGACAACGAGAGUAAAGACGGUGAAUCAGAGUGCAAGGAUGUCCUGGAGUCCAGUUACAGCUCUGAAGUGGCUGUAAAGCCCAAAAAGGUCAACUUCCAGGAAGACAGUCUGAAGUUGGACGACAGUGACAAAGGAGACAGCCGGACCAAAGGAGCCAGGAAGCCACUAACCACCUUCAAGGGCCCCCUUCUGCACGUUAGUCCAGCAGAGGAACUCUGCUUUGGCUCCAAAGACACGGAAAAGAAAUGCCUCAUUGUCCUGACCAACGUCACCAAGGAUCAAGUGGCCUUCAAGGUACGAACCACAGCACCUGAGAAAUACAGAGUGAAGCCCAGCAAUGCAACCUGUGAACCAGGGGCUUCGCUGGACAUAGUGGUGUCCUUACAUGGAGGAUAUCAGGCUUCUCUGCAGGAUCGCUUCCUGGUGAUGGCUGCUGAGAUGGAGCAGAAUGCCGGCUCGCCAGAUCUCACCCAGUUCUGGAAGGACGUUCCCAAAACCAGGGUCAUGGAGCACAGAUUGCGCUGUCACGUCCUGGAGAGCAGUAGGCCCUCCCCGAGCUAUCAGGCGGACAACCCUAUGGAAGCAGGAACCAAUGGGCAUCAGGACCUUCAAACAAUGCUGAUGCGUCUGAUGGCCAGUAACUCCCGGUUGGAGCAGAAUAUGAACGAGUGUCUCUGGGUGCAGAAGGUCCUCAUGGGUCUGGUGCUGAUCCUGUGUGUGUUCAACCUCCUCUGCCUCUACCUGCUAGGCACCGGAGGGCAGCCCUCCUGACCUGCCCCAGUUGCUUACACAGAGACUUGCCUGUCCUCCUGAGGCAGAGGCAGGUCAGAGGCUAGCCUGCGGAUGACUGCUUCUGGACUCACUGAUAAAACAAGAGCAGGUAGGUCCUACCUCAAGGGCUGUCUGUUGUCAUGCAGAGAAAGACUUUCUCUGGUAGCAGUGAAAUAGGAACGUGCGAUAAUGCCGCGUUUUCGGUUGCCCAGGAGAUUCGCUCUCAUCACCUUCGGGCAUUUGAGAGUUACAGUAGCAGAGACUCUUAAUCCUGUGACGUGAAAUCAAUAAUGUAUUUUUUAUGACUGAUCAUGGAUCUUUAAAUGAAAGACUAUUUAUUACAAAGCUCACAUCAUGUACUGUAGAAAAAUCCAUAAUUAUUUUCUGAUUCUAUUGUAUAAUAUUUCUUUUGGAUACAUUAUAUAACUAUAUGAACAAGAA